CAGAUCCGGGAUCAGUGAUACACGUAUGGAUCCUCUGAUGCUCCUGUUUCUUCUCAUUGCUGGGCUCACAGGGGCUGACAGUGUGUCCACAUUGAGCUGGGUGUCUGCAUGGAGAGGAGGAUCUGUCACCAUCCCAUGUUUCUAUGAUGACAGAUAUAAAACUCAUGUGAAAUACUGGUGCAGAGGGUAUAAUGUGAGUUCAUGUCCUCCCAUAGUACACAGUGACUCUCCACAGGAGGGUAAAGUGUCAAUCAGAGAUGAUCCUGACCAGCAAGUCUUCACUGUGACCAUCAACAAUCUGACAGCUGGGGACUCUGGUUAUUACUCCUGUGGUGUGAAGAUCAGUGAAGGUUCAGAUGUUGGAGAUCGGGUUUUCCUGUCAGUCACUGAGGGUGUGUCCACAGUGAAAGAAGUGUCUGUACAGAGAGGAGGAUCUGUCACCAUCCCAUGUUUCUAUGGUGACGGAUAUAAAACUCAUGUGAAAUACUGGUGCAGAGGGAGACUUUGGUAUUCAUGUCCUCCCAUAGUACACAGUGACUCUCCACAGGAGGGUAAAGAGUCAAUCAGAGAUGAUCCUGACCAGCGAGUUUUUACUGUGACCAUGAACAGUCUCACAGCUGGGGACUCUGGUUAUUACUCCUGUGGUGUGAAGAUCAGUGGAGGUUCAGAUGUUGGAGAUCAGGUUUACCUGUCAGUCACUGAUGGUAAGAUGUCUGUACUGCAGGCUGUAGCCAAUGAGAUGCACAGGAACCUGCACCUCAUAGAGGAGGUGCACGAAAACCUCCGGCAGUUUGGAAAUGGGCCCUAA